AGUCUUGUCUUGUCAGUUGUCAGUCUUGUCCGCCAUUCGAAUUUUAGAGGUUAUCUGCAAUUUUGUCACUUCGACAAAUUUUCUCCCAAGUACUAAAUUCUAGUUAUUCAAUAUGAUCGGAAAAAGUAGCUUGCUUGUAAGAAAUGUAUUGAGGAAUGUUGUCAGAAACUCUCAUGAUCAUGGUGGCGUCCCUGGAGCUAACUUGCCUUUCCAAAUCAAAAACAGAUUCAGGUUGACUGCAGUGAUGAUUCUUUUCCUUGGAUCUGCUUUUGGUGCCCCAUUCCUCAUUGUGAGACACCAGCUCCUGAAAGCCUAAAUUAUUCCAGAUGCUAGUAGCCCCAUAGUUCAUUUUUCAUGUAAAUAAGGUACAAAAUAAAAACUGAAAAAUAGU